UCUGGAAUGGGAGGAGUUGUGUGGCCUUUGGGGCUCCAGCUGUGCAUUGCUGCUGCGCUGCUCUUUGGUGGAGGAAGAGGGAGAGAGCUCUCUGGCAGCCUGAGCUGCCUGAAUAACUACAUGACUACCGUGAGUUGCAUGUGGGUAACGGAGAAGCCCAUGGGCAAUGGACCUUUCCACCUGCAUUUCACCAACCUCUGGUCAAAGGGCCACAACGCCAGCUGCAAACUGACUGCCACAGAGAGCAUGCAGAAUAAGUACCACUGCACAAUUCAUUUAGCCAGCCAGAUCUUGGAAACAGAUGGUUAUAGAGUCUCUCUCCAGGGAAACUUCUUUGGAUGUAAUCAGACAUACAUGGCCUUUCUAGAGUACAAUCCCCGCAAGCACAUAAAACUUGAUCCACCUUUGAACAUCCAGAGCAAUGCCACUGCCAGGAAGUGCCAGAUAUGGUGGAGUGUGUGGAAUGUGCCUUGGUACCUCACUGAAAUUCUCCAAUAUGAGUUGCAGUAUAAGGAGUACAGCAUGUCCUGGGAGGUUGCAAUGAACAAGACACUGCCCAGUUCACUGCCACAAGUAGAAAUUGAAGCCAGAGAGCUUCGCAGUGGCAUAGCUUAUGCUGCAAGAGUUCGCUGCAAAGUUUCUGAAAAUGAGAAUUCAUACCACAGUCAAUGGAGUGAGUGGAGCCAGACAACAGUGUUUAAAAAAGCAGAUGUCCCCAAAGUCUCUGAAAAGAUUCUAAAUAUCAAAACUAUGCAGUACUUGUUCAUUCCUCUGAGUUUUGGCACUCUACUCUAUUUAUUCUGGAACUGCAAGCUUUCCUCAAGGGCAAAAAGCCUCGCCUGCUUUAACAUUCCCACGCCAGCUGCUUUCUUUCAGCCACUCUAUAGUUUGCACAAUGGGAAUUUUAAGGACUGGGUUGGACUGAAUGAGGCUUGUAGCCAGCUUGAAAGAGAAGAGGCCAGCACCUCAAGAAAAAUGAAUGCAGAUAGAGUUUCUGAUCUAAACACCCAAGAACUGAUUUCCCAGAUCUCAUUGAAACCUACAGGAAGCACAGAUGUGGUUACUGCAGAAGAAAACUUUGCAUUUGUCUCAGGUCCAAGCCAGCAGUAUGUCCCCAGCAGGUACAUAAGAGCAGAAGAGAUAGAGAUGUGGCCAGGACUAUUGUUUGCACCAAACCAUGCUGAUGAUACCGUUGGCCCAAAAUUCUCUGAAAUAAUUAAAGACAACCUUGAGAGCCCUAGUGUUGGAAGGAAUUAUCCCUCUCACUCACAGCAUGGAAAAGGUGACUUUCUUAUGCUUGGAGAAUCUUUGGGGAAAAAAGAUAUGUCCUUCAGUGGUAGUGACUAUUGUACUUUGUGUGACAAUGAUACCUCAGGAGGUUUGAUUUCCGCUGAACUACUGAAGCUUUCUAAUCACAAUAGUCAUGUUAAACAUCAGAAAGACCAGUGACCUUCUCUGAGGAAUACUGCCUACAAAGUUCCUUGUGCUCUCCUAUCACCUCCCAAGCGGCACAAAUGGGGACUGUGCAGACAUUUUCAAACAUGUAUCAUUUUAAAACACAUCCUCAAUUUCUGUACUUCAGAAGAAGAUUGUGACUAAGUCCCAUGUCCAGCAAAUACUACCCCUACAGGCAUUCCCUAAAUUAAUCUCCUGGCUGCAAGAUCCAUUAACCCUCUUGUCUAAGAAGGCAGCAGCAGACCUGCUGUUUUCCUCAGGAAGAACUAUUAUAGUUGUGUGCCUCGUGGAACCAGCAGUAUUUUC